UAAGACAAAAGAUGGCAGUAAAAACCCACAAAACAUCAUCACCUGGUAAAAGCAGAACAGUUUACGACGCUUUCAUAGCUCUUAAUCAAGCUGACUCAAGUUUCAAGGAGCAGAAUUUCAGAGGUGAAAUACUAACAUUGUGUGUUGGGGGGACAAACACUACGUCUGUGAUAAUGUCAUCAUGCAUGCUUGCAAUGGCUUGGCAUCCUGAUAUUCAGGAGGAGUUAUACCAAGAGAUAGUUAGUGUAUUAGGAGGAUUGUUAACGAGAGAUGUCACAAUUGAUGACCUGAGAAAGAUGACAUUCUUGGAUAAGGUUGUAAAGGAAACCCUGAGAAAGUUUAGUGUAUUCACAAGACUACAGAGGAAAACGUCAGAGGAGUUAAAGUUAAGUUUUGGUGUAUUGCCUGCUGGCACCACAUUCCAAGUUGGCAUUGCAGGAGUUCACAUGAAUCCUCAUAUUUAUCCUGACCCUGAGUUGUUUCAACCUGAGCGUUUCUCUGCAGAAAAUACAGCAAAACGUCCAAAAUACUCUUUUAUUCCAUUCAGUGGAGGACCUCGCAACUGUAUUGCUGGAGAAUAUGCUGUUAUGUUUGUGAAGAUAGUUCUGGUCCACAUCAUCAGCAGAUACAAACUCCACUCAACAUUGAAAAUGUCUGAUGUUACAUUGAAAUUCCAAAUUGAAGUUCAAAUAGAGCAAGGUUAUCCCAUCAGGAUAGAAAGAAGGCUGUAGUGUUGGAGGGUUUUGUAACAAUUACAUAAAGAAUAAAAUUAAGCUCUAUAAAUAAUACUGGUCAGAGGUGACAAAGGAUUUUUCAAUUAGUUUCAUCAUGUGUAUAAACUGACUUAAUAAUUUACCUGUUUGGAGCAAUUUACUUACAGUUCUUGUAUUUAAAGGAGAAUGAGUGAAAAUGCUGUUAAUCUAUUUUUGACAACUAUCAUGUU